UUCCCACCGACAUCCAAUAAUUGCGUGAUGUAUAAAAUGACUUGAUCUAACACUGGGAGUUUCAUAGCGAUUGAGACUAUCACCAUGAACGGCCAGAUUGGUGCUUUUCUCUGUACCCUCUGCAUCACCUUGACGGUGGCACUUCCGACUUUGAAGCCAGGAUGUACCGUGGACAAGUGUGCUGGACCGAUAAAGUACUACAACGACAUCGGAUGCGAACCAGUCUACAAAGAUCCUGAGGAUUGUUGUCCCCUGAGGUACAACUGUGAUCACUUGAACACCAGAUCGGAUGAUAAAUGUUACGCUUUUGGCCACGAAUACAAUCCAACAGAAGACCUUAGGGAUGAGGAUAAGGGCUGUAACCGGCACUGUACGUGUAUCAAACCCGAUGAUAACCCGGCGCGGUUUUCAUGCGCUCUUCACGCAGUUCCAUACAUCCCGAUAACGCCAGGUUGCUUCCGACCUCAAGAUGCUACCGCGUGUGCGCCAGGACCCGAGACUUGCCCUCCAAAUCCAGAGGAUAUUGCCAAGUGUGAAGUAGAUGGAAAGACCUAUCUCCAUGGGCAAUACUUCCAGCCAGAGGGAGAGCCCCGAAAAUCCUGUUAUUGCGGUCCCGAUUACAAAGGUGAAAAUGUGGCACCUUUCUGCAAGGAUUAUAGUCUUGAGAAUUGCGGAAUUGAACUGUGGAAUGGAGACAACAUUCGAAACCGUUGUGCCCCAGUUUUCAGUAUGAGUCAAGAUCCCAGGUUGGAUUGUCAUCACGAUUGGCGUUGUCAGGAAGACGGCGACAAAGUUGAACCGAGAGACGAUGUAAUUCCAGAUCCUCCAGGAAUAUCAAUGGAUUGUCAGAUUGGUAAUUUCACAAUGAAAUUUGGAGAUGAAGUCAAUCACGUCUCAGGGGACUCCUGCAUUAAAUGUAGAUGUGAUCUUCCACCACUGCCCACUUGCGCUGCGAUGCCUAAGGCGAUUUGUUCCAUGACAGCUGCUGAUCUCGAGGAUUCUGAUGAGAAGAAGUCAUGAUUCCAUUGCAUAUUCUCCAAAUGCAUUUCCUAUCGCGAAUAUUUGGAGAUGAAAAUUUAUUAAAAAUUUAGUGACUUCAAAUGAAACUCUCGAAGCAAUCUUAUUUUGAAAUAGAAUAAUAAAAUUUCCAAAUGAUUGAGACAAUGCCUCUAUCAACAUUCGAGAUAAUACGUAUUCAAUACAGAAUUGUUUGCAAACAUUCCCAAACGAAAACAUUACUUGCAGAAAUACAGAAAUUGAGAGAUAA